AUGGCUGUCUAUUCUAGGAACGAGGCGCUGAUGUGCAAGGUCUUCCCGUCCCGUUUGGGACCAGUGGCGAAGAGGUGGUUUAAUGGUCUGAAGAUGAACUUCAUCGACUCGUAUAGGCAGCUGACCCAAGCUUUUAGCUCCCGCUUCGUUACGAACCGCAGAGCCCCUCGGCCUUUGAGCGCUUUGUUGUCGUUAUCCAUGCAUGAUGGAGAAACCUUAAAGGCCUACUUGGACAGAUAUUGGGAAACGUACAAUGAAAUGGAAGAGAACUUUGACAACGGCCUCCCAGCCGAUCACGGGCUACGGAAGUCUCUGACUGGCAAGCCCGCCACGAGUAUGCAUCAACGGAUCGAAGAGUACAAGCGAGUGGAGGAAGAUCACAACUGCCCGAAGAGGGACUUUGCAGGGCAACUCGGAACAACCAAUGCACAGACUGUCAACGCCAUAUUUCGAGAACCAGUGCAUCUGGUUUUGGAGAAAAUCAAGAAUGAGCCAUACUUUAGGUGGCCGAAUAAGAUGGUGGGAGAACCCUCGAAGUGCUAUCAGAACCUUUAUUGCCAAUACCACCAAGACCAUGGCUACACUACGGAGAACUGCAAGAACCUCUGGAACCACCUAAACCAGCUAGUUCGGGAAGGGAGGCUGAAGCACCUUCUGCAUCAUUCCCGUGGUCAUUAA